AUGAUCCAUUCGCAAAGAUGGAGGAAAAUUUUGAAGAAAUGGAUAUAAAUGUACAUAUUGCCAUGGAUAAGUAUGCGCGCGCUUGUUCGCGAUUAGAAGAGUUAAUUAAUGCUUUACAACCUAAUGAAAGCGAGGAUCGAUUGGUAAUCUCAUGUGUUCAAAUAAUUGAUUUAUUGACGGAACAUAAAGAGCUUAAAAACCACUUUAUUAUCUUUCAUGGUGUAAUUCCAAUCAUAGAAAUGCUGGAAAUAUGUUCAUAUGCAAGCGUUCUUUCAAGAUUACUCAAAAUAGUCAAUAUAAUUAUUGCAAGUAAUAUUAAUCUUCAAGAAAACCUCUGUCUUGUGGGUGGAAUACCCGUUAUUAUGAACUUUACUUCGAAGCGAUAUCCUUAUGAAAUUCGUGUUGAAGCUGCCAUAUUUAUACGUCAGAUCUGUCAUACAUCACCUGUUAUUCUUCAAAUGUUUAUUUCUUGUCGAGGUUUAAAAGUUCUUGUCGAAUUUUUGCAAGAAGAUUAUAACGAACACAAGGAAUUAGUAUGGAUAGCAGUGAAUGGAAUAUAUGGAGUAUUUGAACUUCAGAGUCCAACUCCGAAAAAUGAUUUUUGUAGACUAUUGGCGAAAAAUGGACUAUUGGAUCCAUUAGCUAUCAUGCUUCAUCAUGUAAUUUUGGAUAAGGAUCCAGCUGCUGGUGUGUAUGUAGAAAGAAUUGUUAAUAUAUUGUUAAUGUUCUCACAGGGUGAUGCAUAUGUUAAAGAAGUCAUGGCAACACGAACAAGGAUUGUCACUAGAAUAUUUGAUAGUUUAGACAAAUUACCACAAAACCUUAUUGUAGCUAUGCUUAAAUGUAUAAAGAAUAUUUCAAUGAAUUCAAAUACUUUGGAAGCUUUACAGAGAGCAAAAGCAAUUCAAGUUCUUACUACAAUUUUAGAUAAUCAAGGACCACCUUAUGUGACUGAAAUUUCCAACCAAGUACUUAACACAAUGUUUAAUCUUUGUCGAAUCAAUAAAUCACGGCAAGAAGAAGCUGCAAAGGCUGGAAUUAUUCCCCAUUUGCAAUAUUUUGCAUCUAAUAAAACACCUCUUAAACAGUUUGCAUUACCAAUACUUUGUGAUAUGGCUCAUACUGGACAAGGUUGUAGAGAUUUGUUAUGGAAACAUAAUAUUUUACAACUUUAUCUUGAUUUGCUAGUUGACCCUUUUUAUCAGGUGAAUGCUUUAGAGGCGAUUCUUGCAUGGAUUCAAGAUGAAACAUCUAAAGUUGAAUCAGUACUCCUUUUACCAAAAAAUAUUGAACUUAUCUUGGAGGCCUUCAUUAUGGCCAAGGCGAAUUCAUUUGAAAAUAUCCUAGAACCAUUACAUAUAAUUACUCAGUUAUCAACAUCUGUCGCCUUUGCACUUGCGCAACCAAGAUUCUUUAAGCGUUUAUUACAUCGACUUGGACAUCCAAAACCAGUUGUAAGAUUAAAUUUAUUAAGAAUAUUAAGAUCUAUAUGCGAUGUACACCCACAGCGUGAAGCUAUAGCUGAACGAUAUGGAUUAUUUGAGAUCACUUCUCGUAUGAGUAGGGAAGAUCCUGCUGUAUUGAUACGAGAGCUUGCCAGAGAAAUUUUAUCCCAGGGAUACUUUUCUACUUCAAUAACAAAGAAAAAAUCUAAUAAUGAAAUAGCAAUUAGUCAAAAAGAACCUAUAAUAGCAGAAGAGACUGAUGCAAACGUUAGUGACGUAGAAGAUAAUAGUGCCCGAGAUGACAUUUCAUUACAGGAAGACAUCACAUCUAUCAAUGGAUCUCGAAGACGUGCAUUAUCAUCACCCCCAUCAUCAUAUACGCCAUCUACCUUAAUCUCAACCACACAACGUCCGUUAUCAGUGACCUCAUUAUCACCAUCUCUUGCAUCAUAUCAACAAGAAAGAAAAUCAAGCACAUCAUCAUCACAAUCAAUCAAAACUCCACCAUCAUCAGUUACAUCAAUGUC